AAACUGCUUACUUUAUGUACACGAAUUCUCAUGGACGCGGUUUUGUCACGAACACAUUUCGGCUCGAGCAGUUCGUAUGAGAGCUGAAAUCAAUCAGCAACAUUUAGUUUGGUUUAGGUCAACUUUACAUACACAUUUUGUUGUUUACAUAUAAUUAUUUUAUUGGUGAGUUUGUAUAAAUUGUUGCGACAAUCUUCUGAAAACAAUAAAUAUUGUGUAUUGUAUUUAUGUCGUAUUAAGUAUACGUUGAAACAAUACUAUAAAUGUAUGAUAAGUUGGAAACAGACAAUUGUUUGUUACAUACGACUUUUAUUUGUUCCGGUAAAUGUAAUCCGUUUUUACUUUAAAUUAAAAAAUAAGUUCCAUGUUAGCCCAUGUAAUAAAGAUGACACGAACUAUUUUUCUAGUGCAGAAUGCGGUAAAUAGGUUUGUCAAAACACUGGGUUUCAGUCGGACACUCUAGCUAUAUCCUUUUGGCUGUGAUAUCAACCUCACGAGUCUCUGACGUUAAAACAAUUAAAAGGGGGAUAACUAUGACUUGCGUCAUAUAGUUAAGCCUUUCAGUAAGCUCAUAUGACAUUUAAAAUAUUGUGAAGUUGUUUCCUUCGUAACAUUUGAACAUAAGCCGAUUUUUUAUAGCGUAUUUGAGCGAGGAAGGAGUAUUUUCCUUUCUUUGGGUUUGGGGUUUAUUCUUUAGAGGUUUGAAUUCUUUUUUUUUUCUACAUUUUGUAUUCAGGUUUUGUUGUUGGGGGGUUUGGGGAAGUGUGAUCAACUUUCCUGUAGUUUUAAAUCAUAAUCAGUGAUGACUUAUCAUCAGCAACAGUAUUUUCGGACGAGUCCAUUUUGUGAGUGAAUUUGUACGGAAAAAGACGAGACGGUUGAGUGUUCGGGUAUACAAGACAAACGACCUAGCAACAGUUUCUAGGUGUCUCCUCGAACGUCCGCGUCACCAGCAUAAAGGCAGCUGCAUUCAGGCGUAAAGUCAUUGUUUCUCGUCAUCUGCACGAUACACAACGACGUCAUAAUCUUCAAACGUCACCCGAUUGUCCUGGAUAGCAAUCUCCAGCCAUGUUCAUAGCAGAGUCUUCAGACUGGCAAAGCCUGAUCGACUUAUGGGACCAUCUCCUUGAGAGCAGUCUGGAUCCCGAACUCGCCAUCAAGGCAUACAAGGAGUCCAUGCUCCAGCCUGUCCAUGACGAUGUUGAAGUCUUGGAUGAUGAUGAACACUUCCAUGACUACGACUCUAGACCACCAUCUCCAUGGGCGCCAAUCAAUGUGGCUCAGAAAGGGGACAUCCUUCCCCCUGUCACUCCAACCUGGACCGGCGGCAGCGGCAGCCCCGUCUCCACCGCCUCCUCCACAUCAGUCUACAGCGAUAUCUCGCUUGACAUCCAAGUGGCCAGAAUAUGCCCUAAACCAAAGAAGGUUUCAAGAAUCGGCAGAUUCUUCAGAGGUGUGCGCGGACUGUUCCAACGCUCGAAGCGCAGUGAACGUGAAGGAUGGAACAAACUAUAGACUUUUUUGUGAAACUCAAAAAUCAUGGACACUUUACACCAAAUUUUUAUUGUGAUAUAACGAAAAAAAUGUGUUAUUAUGGAUGGUUUCAUAACCUUCACGAUGAUUUACAGUUGUUACAGUUAUAAAACUUUUAACUGUU